CAUUUUCUACCAUCACUUCCUCCACAACUUCAUACCCACGUCUAAAAAUACCUUCUUUACCCCUUCUCUAUUGAGAUUUUUAUUGUAGGAUCACCGGAAAAUCAAGAAAAUGGCUGAAGAAACCAAGAAACCUUCUUCUGAUGAAACUACGCCGGCGACAACUCAAGAGGUUGUCGUCUCUGAUGUCCCCUUGCCGGAAAAGGAAUCCACCCCUCAACCUGAACCGGUACCUGUUCCUGAGACACCGGAAAAAUCUGCUGUUCCGGUGCCGGAGGAAACUGAAGCUGCAAAUGUUACGGAAAAAGCUCCAGUCACUGAAUCUGCUUCGUUUAAGGAAGAGAGCAAUAAAGUUGAGGAACUACCAAAUCCUGAGCAAAAGGCUUUAGCGGAGUUGAAACAGUUGGUUCAAGAUGCUCUGAACAAACAUGAAUUCACUGCUCCACCACCACCCCCGCCGGUCAAGGAGGAGGAGAAGAAACCAGAGGCUGAAGCAGCAGAACCUGUAGCUGCUGCUGUGGCAGAGGAGGAGAAAAAGGAAGAAUCUUCUGCUGCUGAACCCACCACCGAUGCUGCACCAUCUGAGACUCCGGCAAUCGCGGAGCCGGUGAAGGAAGAGCCACCAGUUCCAGCGGCUGUGGUAGAAGAGAAGAAAGAAACUCCACCUGUAGUGGAAGAGAAGAAAGAAAUUCCACCUGUAGUAGUGGAAGAGAAGAAAGAAAUUCCACCUGUAGUAGUGGAAGAGAAGAAAGAAAUUCCACCUGUAGUAGUGGAAGAGAAGAAAGAAACUCCACCAGCAGCAGAGCCGGUCGAUAAAGUGACUGAAAAGGUUACAGCAGAGGAGGAGGAUGGUUCUAAAGCCGUUGAAGAAAUCAAAGAGACGAUUGUUGAAGUGACUGCCACCAGUACUGCACCGGUGGAGGAGACAGCAAUUCCGGCAGAAGAAGUCCCAGCAACAGAGGAAGAUGUAGCACCAGAGGAAGUUUCCAUCUGGGGAAUUCCCUUAUUAGCUGAUGAGAGAAGUGAUGUGAUCCUUCUCAAGUUCCUCCGAGCCAGAGAUUUUAAGGUGAAGGAAGCUUUUGCUAUGCUGAAGAGUGUGGUAGCAUGGCGUAAGGAGUUUAACAUUGAUGAACUUUUGGAAGAAGAUCUGUCAGGAUUAGGACUAGAAAAAGUGGUGUACAAUCAUGGUGUGGACAAGGAAGGACAUCCAGUGUGUUACAAUGCAUUCGGGGCAUUUCAGGACAAUGAAUUGUAUCAGAAUACUUUUGCUGACAAGGAGAAAAUGAACAAGUUUCUGAGAUGGCGUAUUCAGUUCAUGGAGAAAUCAAUCAGGAAUCUUGAUUUUAGCCCUGAUGGCAUAUGCACUUUUGUUCAGGUUAUUGAUCUCAAGAAUUCACCUGGACUUUACCUUUACAAGAAAGAACUUCGCCAGGCUACCAACCGUGCACUUCAGUUACUCCAGGACAACUACCCUGAAUUUGUUGCCAAGCAGGUGUUCAUCAAUGUGCCAUGGUGGUAUCCAGCUUACUACAGGAUGAUCAAUGCACUUUUCACUACCAGGACCAAGAGCAAGUUUGUGUUUGCUGGUGCUUCAAGAUCUGCUGAGACUCUCUUCAUAUACAUUGUCCCUGAGCAAGUUCCAGUUCAAUAUGGUGGACUUAGCAGGGAGGGUGAACAGGAAUUCCCCAUUGCUGACCCUGCCACUGAGGAUAUCGUUAAGCCUGCUUCCAAACACACCAUUGAAUUUCCAGUUACUGAGAAGAGUAAUUUGGUGUGGGAAGCAAGAGUGGUUGGAUGGGAUGUGUGUUAUGGAGCUGAAUUUGUGCCAAGUGCUGAAGGUGGAUACACGAUUAUCGUCGAGAAAUCAAGAAAGAUUGCAGCAGCAAAUGAAACAGUGAUCACCAACAACUAUACGGCACCAGAAGCAGGCAAGGUGGUGCUUACAUUUGAUAACCAAACAUCUAAGAGGAAGAAGCUUGUCUACAGAUCCAAGACCAAGCCUUCUGAUUAAAACAAACAUAUGUUGUUGAAAAGCUUUCAAAGAUCAAAUCACAUAGUGGAAAAUAAGGAGAAAGGGUUCUGUUCUUUUGUUCUUUCAUAGCUUUUAAAAAUUCUAUUUUUCUUGUUGAUAUUAAAUUUAAUUUUGAGUGUGGGAUAUUUAUUUGUUUUUGGAUUGUUUUGCUACAAGUAAGGGGUUUGCAAUUGAUGGAGAAGAAAACAAUGUAUACAGAAUGUGGUUGUAAUGUGUUGGUUGGAAUGUGGACAGAAAAACUUUGAUCACUAGCUGUUGAUAUAUUCUUGUAAAAUUGUGUGUAAAUAUGGUGUUCUUGUCUUUA